CGCCCGCCACACUGCGUUCGCUCAGCACCAGCACCAAUGCCGCCCAGGCCAACAUGUCCAACUUGCAGGCAACUGCUGGUCGCUGCCCCGUCAUGGGCAAGGCAUUGGCUGUCCAGAGCACUCGCCCCAACACUCUCUUGUCCGGUACCUUUGGUGGCUCCCGAGCUUACAGCGCUCGCACUACCCGUGCCCCUCGUGCCUACCUGCACACCACCCGUGCUGAAAAGGCUCAGGCUGUGGACAACAGCCCUCUGAGACGCGAUGAUGUCCGCUACCCUGCUCCCGCGCAGCACAAGCAGCAACAGGCGCAGAAGGAGUCAUCCAAGGAAAUGCAUGGCGUACCCCCGGCUCCUCCCAACACGGCUCGCUUCGACUACGACACUUUCUACCAGACUGAGUUGGACAAGAAGCACAAGGACAAGUCGUACCGCUACUUCAACAACAUCAAUCGUCUGGCCAAGGAGUUCCCUCGCGCCCACAAGGACACCCCCGAGGACAAGGUCACCGUCUGGUGCUCGAACGACUACCUCGGUAUGGGCAGAAACCCUCAGGUUUUGAAGAAGAUGCACGAGACGCUUGACAUGUACGGUGCCGGUGCUGGUGGUACCCGCAACAUUUCUGGUCACAACCAGCACGCAAUGGGCCUUGAGGCAACCGUUGCUAAGCUGCACGCGAAGGAGGCUGCUCUGGUCUUUUCAUCCUGCUACGUCGCCAACGAUGCUACUCUGGCCACUCUCGGCUCAAAGUUCCCCAAUUGCGUUAUUUUGUCUGACAGUAGCAACCACGCUUCCAUGAUUCAGGGUAUUCGUCACUCGGGUGCCAAGAAGAUGGUUUUCAAGCACAACGACAUGGCCGAUCUUGAGCAGAAGCUGGCCUCGCUUCCUGCAGAGACUCCUAAGAUUAUCGCUUUCGAGAGUGUCUACAGCAUGUGUGGUUCCAUUGGUCCCAUUGAAAAGAUUUGCGAUCUCGCAGAGAAGUACGGAGCUAUCACUUUCCUCGAUGAAGUGCAUGCUGUCGGCAUGUACGGCCCGAACGGUGCCGGUGUUGCUGAGCACCUUGACUACGAAGCUUACGCAAACGGCGAGCAGCCCAAGGGCACUGUUCAGGACCGUGUUGAUAUCAUUACUGGAACUCUCGGAAAGGCUUACGGCUGUGUUGGUGGCUACAUUGCAGGCUCCAGCAAGCUUGUCGACACCAUCCGCUCCCUUGCUCCCGGUUUCAUCUUCACCACCUCUCUUCCCCCGGCUACCAUGUCUGGCGCCCAGGCCGCCAUCGAGUACCAAAUGGCCUACAAGGGUGACCGUCGCCUGCAGCAGCUGCACACCCGUGCCGCAAAGGACGCUCUUGCCGCCAAGAACAUCCCCGUCAUCCCCAACCCCAGUCACAUCAUCCCUGUUCUCGUUGGUGACGCCGAGGUCGCAAAGAAGGCCUCUGACCUGCUUCUCGAGGACCACGGCAUCUACGUCCAGGCCAUCAACUACCCUACCGUUCCCGUUGGCCAAGAGCGUCUCCGCAUCACUCCCACUCCCGGUCAUAUCCGCGAGUACCGCGACCACCUCGUCGAGGCUCUCGACAAGGUCUGGACCCAGCUUGGUAUUAAGCGUACCUCUGACUGGGCCGCCCAGGGUGGCUUCCUCGGUGUUGGACAGGAGACUGUUGGCAACGAGCCCCUGUGGACUGACGAGCAGCUCGGUCUCUCCGAGGUCAAUGCUGAGUUGAACAAGGUCGGCAAGGACGCCGUCAAUGUCCUCGAGAGUGUCCUCGAGGCCGAGAGAAAGGAGGUCGCUCAUGCUGUCGCCUCUGCUUAAAGCUCUGCUAUGAUAUGUUUAGGAUAGACAUCCCGAUGUUGGAUGUGCUGUGAGGAAAGAGAAG